CAGCUUCAGUUUCCUUAUACCAACCAUAACAAUGUUGAAAUCAAAUCCUGAACCAUGUCCCUAUCCAGACAAUCCAAAGAACAUCAGCAAUCUACCGGAAAUCGGAAGUGAUGGUCACAGAGAAAUUUGGCAGAAAAAUAUAAGACAACUUCAAGGUUCUCUGAUGGUCGCAAGUCUGUUGCAGAUAGUGGUUGGAUUCUCGGGGUUAUUAGAGUUCUUCCUGCCCCUCAUCGGUCCUUUGACGAUAGCACCAACUAUCACAUUAAUAGGACUGUCGUUGUUUCAAGCGGCCUCCGAAAGAGCUGCCGGUCAGUGGUACAUUUCUAUGACAGUGGUCGUUUUGAUUCUGAUAUUUUCCCAGUAUAUACAAAAUAUACCGAUUCCUUGUGGCAAAUACAGUAAGAACAAAGGCUGUACCAGAACCAACUUCUAUAUCUUCAAAAUGUUCCCGGUGGUCCUUGGUGUCGGUGUGGUCUGGUUCCUCUGCUACAUUUUCACAAUCACUGACGUUUUCCCAGCCACGCCAGGUCAUUGGGGGCACAAGGCUCGAACUGACAACACCUACAAAUAUCUCCAGCAGGCAGCCUGGUUCCGGUUUCCAUAUCCAGGUCAGUGGGGAGUACCAACGGUGAGUCUUGGAGGAGUUUUUGGUAUGAUGUCUGGCAUUUUGGUGUCAAUGAUUGAAUCCAUUGGAGAUUACUAUGCAUGUGCACGCAUAUCUGGAGCCCCACCACCUCCAGCCCACGCCAUCAACCGGGGAAUUGGUGUAGAAGGUAUUGGUUGUCUGUUGGCUGGUGCCAUCGGAGGAAGCAGUGGUGUUACAUCUUACAGUGAAAAUAUUGGAACAAUUGGCAUCACAAAGAUCGCCAGUCGUGCUGUCAUCCUCACUAGUGGAAUCAUUAUGAUGGUGUUGGGAUGUUUUGGAAAACUUGGCAUUUUAUUGGUCACUAUGCCAGACCCAAUUGUUGGGGGAAUGUUCCUCAUGAUGUUUGGAAUGGUAGCCGCCGUCGGUCUUUCCAAUUUACAACACGUUAAUUUAGAAUCUUCACGGAAUCUGAUGGUUCUUGGAGUCUCCUUGUUUGUUGGAGUAUCUCUGCCUUUGUGGAUUCAGGCAAAUCAGGCUGACAUUAAGACAGGAAAUGCUGAACUGGACCAAGUUCUUCAAAUUCUUCUGGGUUCCAAUAUGUUUGUUGGAGGUUUUAUUGGGUUCGUUUUAGACAACACAAUCCCAGGAACUCCUGAAGAACGUGGAAUUAUCAAGUGGGAAAAUAUUGUUGACAGCAAAGCUAAAGAUACUUCUGGAUCCUAUGAUACUUACUCAUUCCCAAGACCAAUACAGAAACUGGUCGACAGGUGGACUUGGCCUGUUUAUGUACCAUUUUGUCCAUCUUAUAAUUCCUACAUCUCCAGGCUUGUCAAGCGUAUCGCUGCCUGCUGUUCAUGCCGCAAAAAACCAACUGAAUAUGUGGCAAAAAAAUCCAUUGAAACCACGUUGUAGCUGUGGUUUCUGAUAAUCUUGUUCACAUAUUCACAUAAUAUAUAUAUAUAUAUAUGUGUGUGUGUGUGUGUGUAUGUGAGUGUGUGUUGUGUGUUGGGGAGUAUAUAUACAUGUAUCUAUGUUAAUGUUAAAUGUGUAUUGAGUUGUGUCCCUCGAUGGCAAAGUGCAACUUCAAAGAUUCCCUAAACAAGAUCUGAAAAGAUGUAAAUAAUGUUAAGCACCAACUGGUGCCCCGGCAUGGCCACAGACCAUUGUGCUAUGCCUUCUGACCACAUAUAUUUUGUUUCCAUGCAGGUCCUUUUAAGACCCACUACUAAGCUGAGGAUCCGCCCAUAUUAAAAUAUAUUGAAAUUUAUUAUAAUUUAUUAUAAUAUCAUGUAUUUCUAUUUCAUAACUCAGAUGGUUUUUUUAUCUUCUCUUAUUUUUUAUAAUCUUUCAUUUAACAACACGAAACAUCUAAUUAAUAAUUUCUUUUAAUUAUCAAACUAUUCAAUCUUUGUAUGAUUAUUCACUUUCUUCUGUUUAACAACACUAUUUUUAUAAUUAAAACUUUAAAUAACUGAAA